AAUUUAUUUUAAAUCAUUGAUUAAAAAAAUAAAAAUAAAAAAUAUAUAUAAAAAAUUAAUGACAACAGGAGGUUGCCGGUAACCACCAAACGCCACUUACCUCUCUUGACUUUUUUCUUUCCUUUUUUGCAUUUAAUUGUUUUUCCUUAUUUAAUUCUUUCCUUUUUUUAAUUCUUAUUAAAUUGGAAGCAUUACGCAAGGCUUCCGUAAUAACUUAGCAUUUUAUGUAACAUGAGAUUAAUACUCAUUACGUAAAAGGACCUUCCAUUACGUAAGACUUUCGUAAUGACCUUUUACAACUGUUACAUAAAAUACAAAUUCAUUACGUAAAGGUUACGAAACGAUAGUUAUUUCUUACGUAACAGUGAAAUUAGAAGCAUUACGUAAACCUUCCGUAAUGACUUAGCUCUUUACGUAACACGACGUUAAUACUCAUUACGUAAAGAGACCUUCUAUUAAGUAAAGCUUCCGUAAUGACAUUUUUCAACUGUUAAGUAAAAUACACAUUCAUUACGUAAAGGUUACGAAAUGAUAGUUGUUUCUUACGUAACAGUUAAAUCGGAAGCGUUACGUAAGAUUUCCGUAACGACUUAGCACUUUACGUAACGCGAGGUUAAUACUUAUUACGUAAAAAUACCUUCCAUUACGUAAAGGUUACGGAACAAGAGUUAUUUCUUACGUAACAGUUAAAUCAGUAGCGUUACGUAAGGCUUCCGUAAUGACUUAGCAUUUUACGUAAUGUGAGGUUAAUGCUCGUUACGUAAAGACGCAUCCUAUUACGUAAGGCUUCCGUAAUGGAUCUUUUACAACUGUUACGUAAGAUUACCAUAUGUUACGUAAGCAUCACGUAAUGCCUAUUGUAUUUUACGUAAUGCGACCUGUGAAACUUGCUAUAACAGGUAAAAAAAUUCAAGUUACCUUACUUAAAGUUACCGUAGGAAAUCCCUAUAUAAUUAAUUAUUGCUUUGAAACCUUCAAAUGUCUUACAAGAGUAUGGUAGCGAUCGCAAUCUAAUUGUUAAAGGGAAGAAAAAAGAGGUGAAAUUAGGUGAAGCUUGAGUUUAUCAUAAAGAACAAUAAUUUGUGACAUCAUAGUGCGAGUGAAUUCAUUGCUUUAAUUGUAAGUUUUAUCAGCAGAUUGCUUUUGUUUAAAUAGGGUUCACUAUGAAGAAAAAAAAUUAUAUGCCUAUAUAAUUUAUAUAAAAUACUAAAAAAAUACUAAAAAAACAGUUUAAACUUAUGAAAAUAUAACUCAUAACACUGAUGAACUACUGGUAUUAAAAUGCUUCAAUUGUCAUUCCUACCCGCUGUUUUUUAAUGGCGACUGCUUUGUUUAUCAGCUCUGUUAAUUUCUUCUGGCCACCACCCUACACCUAUUUCACUGCCAUUUUUUUUCCCUUAAUACUAUUUUCUUGAUUCGCUGACAAAUAAACAACCCACUACAUGCACAACUUAAUUAGCUGCAAAUUAACUACAUUACCGUGUCACAUUAUAUUACAAUAAUCCGCACACUCAUGUCAACUUCCUCCCCAGACAGUUCAAGUUAAAAUAUGCAGAUACACAAACUCCUUCCAACGUCAUGAUUCCCUGAAACUUAUUCCAUUCACACAGUUUGAAACCAUAAAACAAAACAAAUAGUUGAUUUGGUAACGUAAUGGAUAUAUAUGGCGAUGGCUACUUGCAGCUAACUAGCUUAUAGAUAGUAACCAAAACCAUCUUAUAUUCCUCAAAAAAACAAAAGUAAGCAAAAUCCUUCAUGGAGAACUUUGGCGCCAGCAACAUGAACGGAAAUGGUGGUAACCACCACCACCACAACAACAACUUCGAGCUGCUGGACUUCAUCGCCGACGCCAACUUCGACCAGUUCGUCGACCUUAUUCGAGGCCGUAACGACGACGACGACCAAGCCGCCGGCGGGGGAUUCGACGACUGCGACGACCUCAUCCACUCCUUGCUGGUCGACAACGCCCCACACCACGACUUCCCGGCCUCCGCAAUGCCGCUGCAGCCGCCGCUCGACGGUGGGGGACAUUACUAUGCCGACGAGGUGGCAUUCUCUGACUUGGGCGCUGGCUUCGUGGACUUCGCUCCUCCUCUGGCGCCGUACAAUACUAUCACGGGGCAGCUGCCGCCGGCGCCGUGUUUCGACGUGUACGGGAACAUGAAUGAUGUUGAUUACGAUGAUAAUGAUCAUUAUGGGAAUAAUAAUGUCGUUGAUUGUGGUGAGGAAGUUUCCUCCGGCACCACCACCACCACGACGACCACCACCACGGCGGCGGGUGGGGAGCAGAAGCGGAGGAAAGGUGACCGGUCCAAGACUUUGAUUUCGGAGCGGAGGCGGCGAGGCAGUAUGAAGGAGAAGCUCUAUGCUCUUAGAUCCUUGGUCCCUAACAUCACUAAGAUGGAUAAGGCGUCGAUAAUCGGCGAUGCGGUGUCGUAUAUGCAAGACCUCCAGCUCCGAUCAAAGAAGCUACAAUCAGAGGUUGCUGGGCUCGAAGCAUCUCUCGCGGCUGCAGGUUCGACAAAAACGGCCCAAUUCGGUAGCAGGCCAAACCAAAACAUUCCAAGGAAACCAAUAAGCAACGGCAGCCGCUCAAUGAUCACCACCAAAAGAAUAUUAAUGCAGAUGGAUGUGUAUCAAGUGGAAGAAAGAGGGUACUAUGUGAGAUUAGUAUGCAACAAAGGGGAGAAAGUUGCGAUUUCCCUCUACAAGGCCCUCGAGUCCCUGGCCAGCUUCGUUGAUAUUCAGACCACGAAUUUGGCCACGUCAGCUUCCGACAAGUUUAUACUGACUUUCACUUUAGUUGAUAGAGAGAUCAACAUCCAGCAGGGGCAUCAGAUCGACUUGCCGAAUUUGAAGAAUUGGGUGACUAAUGCCUUACUGAACCAAGGAUUUGAGCUUCUGACGUUGUAGCAAUGUUUUUGUUUAUUACUACAUGUUGAAUAAAAAUAUUGGGACCUCUCUAUUUGGGGAACCUGAUGGCUUAAAUGAUAACAAUAAGUUUCAAGAACGAUAAUUACUUAAUGUACACGGAUUACUACUACGCUAGAGAAAAGAGAUCGUAGUUUGAAGCGAAAUUAUAUUUCAGAUUAUGUGCUAGGCCUUUCUCAGCUUAGCACAAGAAGAGGACUUAAUUUCUAGACGUUCGAAAUUUCAGAAGUUCAAUCUACUUCGAUUCAUAAUAGAUUCAUUUGGUGACAAAUUUCUAUCUCAACUUAACACAUUUAAUAAUUAACUAAAUUGGAUGUGAUCAUAUCAACACUAAUACAAUAGAUUGGAUCUCAUAAGAAUUCGGUUAUGGUUCUGGUAACUUUACCAAUUAAAGAUUCUACCAAAGAUUAAAAAAAAAUGGAGUAAUACUAUUAUCUAAGAUCGAUUUCGUCAAAAGAAAAAAAUUAACGGCCAUGAUCAUUGGUCAAAAUUAUCGAAGUACAUUCAAUAACAGAACAGUUAAUUA